AUGUCACUCGCUGCGUUGGCUGAACUUGGCAUCGUGCCGGAGCCGGAACUCUGCGCUCCUCCGCCACAACAUCUUCUCAUCGACAACACGAACGAUGACUGCAUCAAGCUUACUCGCCUACAAACUCAUCUUGCACAUCUCCAAGUGAUGGAAGAUUACAUCAAGCUCGAAACCAGAAAUCUCGAGAAAGAACUUCUCCACGCGCAGGAAGAAGUAAAACGUAUUCAAGCCGUUCCCCUCGUCAUCGGUCAAUUUUUGGAGGCUGUUGACAACGAGCAUGCUAUCGUCGGUAGCACCACCGGCUCCAACUACUUUGUCCGAGUGCUUUCGACUCUUGAUCGCGAACUUCUCAAGCCAGGAUGUUCCGUUUCUCUUCACAAAUACUCGAAUGCCUUGGUAGAUGUGCUGCCACCAGAAGCCGAUAGCUCUAUUCAAAUGCUUCGUCCUGACGAGAAGCCGAACGUCGCUUAUUCGGAUAUUGGAGGACUUGAUAUGCAGAAGCAAGAGGUUCGUGAAGCCGUCGAGCUUCCGUUGACUCAUGGAGAACUUUACCAACAAAUUGGAAUUGACCCUCCACGUGGAGUUCUCAUGUACGGACCACCAGGAUGCGGAAAGACCAUGUUGGCUAAAGCAGUCGCCGCCAACACUGCUGCUUCGUUCAUUCGGGUCGUCGGUUCGGAAUUUGUGCAGAAGUAUCUCGGAGAAGGACCACGAAUGGUGCGAGAUGUCUUCAGACUGGCUAAAGAAAACAGCCCAUCUAUCAUCUUCAUCGAUGAGAUUGAUGCCAUCGCAACGAAACGUUUCGACGCUCAAACAGGAGCUGAUCGUGAAGUACUCUUACUUUCUUUCAUUGCAUUUCCAAAUAAUACUUUUCAGGUCCAACGUAUCCUUCUCGAGUUGCUUAAUCAAAUGGAUGGUUUCGAUCAAAGCACCAACAUCAAAGUAAUCAUGGCCACCAACAGACAAGACACCUUGGAUCCCGCUCUUCUCCGUCCAGGACGUCUCGAUCGUAAGAUCGAGUUCCCACUUCCGGAUCGUCGUCAAAAGCGUCUCGUCUUCUCGACCGUUUGUGCUCGAAUGAAUCUCUCUGAUGACGUUGAUUUGGAAGAUUGGGUGGCUCGUCCAGACAAGAUUUCUGGUGCUGACAUCAACGCCAUCUGCCAGGAGGCAGGAAUGCAAGCAGUUCGCGAGAAUCGCUACGUUGUGCUCACAAAGGAUCUGGAGAAAGCCUAUAAAAAUGUCGUCAAGAAGGACACCAACGAAUUUGAGUUCUACAAGUAA